AUGAAAUAUCCUUUUUUUUCAGGAGGGGGAGCGAGCCGCCGGGCUGCCUUCACGUACCCCGGGGGGACUGUCGGGAACCCUCCAGAAGAUCGAGGUUUCAGUCCCGAAUGUGUCACGUCAUGUGACGUCCCGGAGGCCGGUGACUGGGAUGGCAGCUCCUCCGCGGACAACGGCGCCGCGCAGCUUCAUGCGGAGGACGGACGCAGGGCUGGUCGGCCAUCUUCAUCACCCCGCGUCAUACAGCCCGCUCUGCUCAGAGAGACCGCUGCUUCCUCAGAGACAGAAAGGAGUGAUGUAAACUUCCUGCCCAGUCUGCAAGGGAUGAUGGGAGUGUUUGUCACAUUGCACCUGCGGCGUGUUCCCGGUGACACGACCUCUGAACGCGGCCACGCGCGGAUCGGUACCAAAGACUUUGCUGCACUCUCCUUCGUUAGCCAGGCGGAGGCGCAGGCGGUGGACGAGGAGCUCUUCAAUGAGUACAGGUUCAGUGUAGAUCAGUUGAUGGAAUUGGCCGGACUGAGCUGCGCCACCGCAAUCGCCAAGGCGUACCCGGCGAGCUCCUUCACCUCCGACCUGCCCUCGGUGCUGGUGGUGUGCGGCCCCGGCAACAAUGGAGGAGACGCUGCACUCUCCUUCGUUAGCCAGGCGGAGGCGCAGGCGGUGGACGAGGAGCUCUUCAAUGAGUACAGGUUCAGUGUAGAUCAGUUGAUGGAAUUGGCCGGACUGAGCUGCGCCACCGCAAUCGCCAAGGCGUACCCGGCGAGCUCCUUCACCUCCGACCUGCCCUCGGUGCUGGUGGUGUGCGGCCCCGGCAACAAUGGAGGAGACGGCUCCACCCGCUGUCCGUCACUGGUCAUUCCGGACGCUGUUGGCUUUAGCGAUGCCGACAGUGGGCCGAACCUAAUUGGGAAUGCAGAGAUCCGAGUUCCCCAUCGACAGCUGGCCAUAGAAAGAUUCGCCGGGCGAAUGGCUCCGCUUAUUCAAUCGAUGGCUUUUCUCUCUUUUCUCCUUCAGGCCGAGGUGAUCGACGGAGCCUACAACCUGGUUGUGGACGCCAUCUUCGGCUUCAGCUUCCAGGGCGCCGUGCGGGAGCCUUUCGGGACCAUCCUGAGCACCUUAAAACGGAUCACCAUACCGAUCGCCAGCGUGGACAUCCCAUCAGGGUGGAACGUGGAGAAAGGAAACCCGGACGGCAUCCAACCCGACAUGCUCAUCUCCCUGACCGCCCCCAAACAAUCGGCCGCGCACUUCUCCGGGCGCUACCACUACCUGGGGGGCCGCUUUGUGCCCAAGUCGCUGGAGAAGAAGUAUAAGCUGAAUCUCCCCCCGUACCCGGAGACCGAGUGCGUCCGCAAACUGCCGUGACCGGUCCCCCGCCCUAGAGGAACCGGA